GAAAAGCAGUCCCGCCCACUUUUAUUAUGACGUCACGCAUAGUCCCAAACACGGAAAUGCGUAAUUACUGUUGCAUUGCCGUUAAGAUGAAAAAUGAUAGCUCUCUAAAACAGCGACAUGUCCUCCUUUUGUGAUGUUAAAACCGACGCUUUGAAACGACGCGGACGUGUGGAACCCCGCUCUGAGAUUUCAAGUGCAAUUUGACCUUUGGUUUUUGAAUUCGGUCCGUAGCCCCGAGGAGGUGGGUGUCAUGGGGGCUUUGGGGCGCCUGCUGUUGUGCCUUCUGAUUCUCUCUGGGGAAGUCACAAUAACUCAGGUGGAGGGGGUCAAGGUGGUCACCCGCCCAGAAUCCCUUCUGUUUGUCUCCACGCUGGACGGAAAUCUGCAUGCUGUCUCCAAAGAGACGGGAGACAUCAAAUGGACUCUAAGAGAAGAUCCUGUUAUACUAGUGCCCAUCAACAUCACUGAGUCAAGUUUUCUCCCGGACCCCAACGAUGGCAGCUUAUACAUACUCAGUGGCAAGCACAAAGACGGCCUAAUGAAACUUCCGUUCACCAUUCCGGAGCUGGUUCAGUUGGCUCCCUGUAAAAGCUCCGAUGGCAUCCUCUAUACGGGCAAAAAGCAGGAUGCGUGGUUUGUAGUGGAUCCCGAAACGGGAGCCAAACAAACCAUUCUGACAACGUCCUCGACCGAUUCCCUCUGUGUCAACGCUUCUCUGCUCUACAUUGGACGCACAGAAUACGUGGUCACUAUGUUCGAUACCACAAAGCAGGAGCUGCAAUGGAACAUCACUUACAACGACUAUUCCGCUCUGCCGUAUGACAACGAACAAGACUAUCGGAUGGCUCAUCUCGUGUCCAGUGGUACUGGCCUUGUGAUUACCGUUGACAGGGAGUCAGGUGACGUGCUAUGGAGUCAAGAUUACGGCUCGCCCGUGGUCAGGGUCUACCUGUACUCGGGUGACUCGCUCAGACACACACCCCACCUGACGCUCGCCGUUGAGACGUUGCGCUUCCUCACCUUCCCCUCCGUCGCCGACGAGCGGACGGCAGUCCACUCCGCUUUGAAAUGGCACUAUCAGUUUGUGAAGGAGGAAGCCAAUGCACAAACGCUACUUGUGCCCACGCUCUACGUGGGGAAAAUGGACUCCCACCUCUAUGCUUUGCCUUCCUUCGUUCACCAAGGAUUCUCCUUAGUGCCUCGGGGUCUGACCCUGGGCCGGAUUGAAGGUCCUGAGACGGCCGGUGUGACGCUCAGCAGGCAAGGGGAGUGCUUGAUCAUCCCGUCCACCGACGUGCGCUAUCCUCCAGGGAGCAGCAACAGCCCUCAAAACCACUGGAUGUUGAUAGGCCACCACGAGAUCCCGCCACUAGCACAUACCACCAUGUUAAGGGAAUCGCGGCUCAGCCUGCCGUUCCCCAGUGAAUCCGUCAUCUCCCCUCGACCUUCUGCCUCGCCACCCUCGCGCACCUCCGGCUACAACCAAAACUUUUGGUUGGUAGGCCAAAGCGAUGGCAACGAUGGCGAAGGAGCCGUCGACGAGAGAGAAUCGGCAGGAGCCCAGAAGUCGAUCGACGUGCGUUCCGUCUACAUGACGCAGGACUGCUUGACUCUGACUGUCUUGUGCGUGCUGCUGGGAGGCUGGUUUGCGUUCGCCUUCACAUACGGGCGAGCGGCCCACAAGGUAAAAGCUCUGCAGGAGCAGCACAAGGAAAGAAUUGAAUCUUGCGUCCAGUCCACACAGACCACCGACCCGCCGACACCAACUUUAAGCUCCUCCGACUUGGAACUUCCUACCAGCACGACCGUCUCCACUGGUUCUCAGCAUGCAUCGGAAGAUCUUGUUGUAAUGCCUUCUUCCGUUGACAGCAGCACAACCUCGAAAAACAGCGAGGAGGUGCACUUGGGUAAAAUCUCCUUCACCACAUCCGAGGUUCUCGGUCGCGGCAGCUCGGGAACGUUCGUCUUCAGGGGCAACUUCGACGGACGGCCCGUGGCGGUGAAGCGAAUCCUCCCCGAGUGUUUCGAUGUGGCAGAGAGGGAAGUGCAGCUCCUGCGACAGUCCGACACGCAUCCCAACGUCAUCAGGUACUUCUGCACGGAGAGGGACAACCUCUUUAAGUACAUCGCCAUCGAGCUGUGCGCCGCCACCUUGGAGCAGUAUGUGGAGGAUCCAUCCAAUUUUCCCAACCUGAGUCCGAUUAUGUUGUUGGAGCAGACCAUGUGUGGCCUCUCACACCUCCACUCGCUCAAUAUAGUACAUCGAGACCUGAAGCCUCGGAAUAUCCUGCUGUCAUUUCCCUGCGCUUCGGGUAAAGUCCGAGCUCUCAUUUCCGACUUUGGGCUGUGCAAAAAGAUCCAAGAUGGUCAGAGCAGCUUCUCGCUGCGUUCGGGCGUGUUGGGCACCCCAGGCUGGAUUGCUCCCGAGCUAAUGGAAGACGUUCCUAGCAACAAGCCAAGCACCGCUGUGGAUAUCUUCUCCGCCGGCUGCGUCUUCUACUACGUGGUCAGCGGGGGUAAGCACCCGUUUGGCGAGCCUCUGACGCGGCAACUGAACAUCAUGUCUGGAACCUAUUCACUUUUGCAAUUGAUGGAUACCAUACACGAAGACGUUGUGGCUGAGGACCUGAUCAAGCGGAUGAUCAGCCCGAAGGCGCGGUCUCGUCCCUCGUCCGUCGGCGUGCUCAAGCAUCCGUUCUUCUGGAGCCCUGAGAAACAGCUGCUUUUCUUCCAAGACGUAAGCGACCGCAUUGAGAACGAACCGGUCGAUAGUAAGAUCGUGGGGAACCUUGAAAGUGAGUGCCGAGACGUGGUGCGGAGCAACUGGAUGCUGCACAUUUCUACACCUCUGCAGAACAAUUUGAAGCGGUACAGGGUGUACAAAAGCAGCUCGGUGCGAGAGCUGCUGAGGGCCAUGAGGAAUAAGAAGGCUCACUACCACCAGCUGCCGCGCGAAGUGCGGCACAGUCUCGGCGAGCUGCCCGACGGCUUUGUGCGCUACUUCACCAGACGCUUCCCGAAGUUGCUGAUGCACACAUACACUUCGCUGCAGGCCUACGCCAAGGAGAAACUCUUUCGCCCCUACUACAUGCCCCCUGGCGUCAAGUAGCAGCCACAGCCAUCUCCCGCCUCCUUAUUGCUUUUGUAAAGCUGUCACUGGUUUUAGAUACACCUUAAGAUAUACCAUGGCUUGAUUUGUGUAUUUAUUAUUUUUUGACAGACUUGACAAAAGACGUUCCCAAGUGGUUCUGAUAAAGGCUUUUAUGGAAGAAAAAGUUCAUGCACUCCUAAAGGUAGCGACACUGGCAACGCACAAAGUCAAAUAAGUCUCCAUUGAUAACCACUGUACUCUACAUGACACGUUUAUACUCUUCUUUUUAUUGAUUUGAUCUGCUGUAGAACCAAUGUUGAGAGACUUCCUGAUUUUCUAAAUUAAAUUUCGACUUUGAUUGCGCCUAA